GUCCUGGGGAGACCAGAUAUAGUGAAUUCAGGGUCCUGGGAGACCAGAUAUAGUGAAUGCAGGGUCCUGGGAGACCAGAUAUAGUGAAUGCAGGGUCCUGGGAGACCAGAUAUAGUGAAUGCAGGGUCCUGGGAGACCAGAUAUAGUGAAUGCAGGGUCCUGGGAGACCAGAUAUAGUGAAUGCAGGGUCCUGGGAGACCAGAUAUAGUGAAUGCGGGGUCCUGGGAGACCAGAUAUAGUGAAUGCGGGGUCCUGGGAGACCAGAUAUAGUGAAUGCCGGGUCCUGGGAGACCAGAUAAAAACCAGAUAUAGUGAAUGCCGGGUCCUGGGUUUAGUAACAGUAAGUGAUGAGAUCAGCAAGACAGCCCGUUCAGGAAAGGUCAGGGAAGACAGGACA